AUGUCGCUCGCGCACCUGUCGCGUCGCGCUAUCCGCGCCCCCCUGCGCGUCCAGUCCGCGAUCCGCUCUCGCCCCUUCACCGCCGGAGCCAUCCUGCUCCGCCCGUCCGCGAGCCAGCCUGUAAACCACUCGACGACCGCGACCCAGCCCCACCCCUUCCCCCCUUCCAAGUCCUACACCCCCGAGACCACCAGCAUCUUCACUCCCCUUGACACUUUCCUCCCCCGCCAUGUCGGUCCCCGCGACAGCGACCGCGAGGAGAUGCUCAAGGCCCUCGGCUACAAGGACAUGGACGAGUUCAUUCGCGCCACGAUCCCCGACGACGUUCGCAUCAAGGAGUUCACCUCGAGCGACAUCAAGCCGUACUCGGAGCUCGAGCUGCGUCGCCGCCAGGAGGAGAUUGCUUCCAUGAACAAGCCCAUGAAGUCGUACAUCGGUAUGGGCUACCACAACGCCAUCGUGCCCCCCGUCAUCCAGCGCAACGUCUUUGAGAACCCCGGCUGGUACACCUCGUACACCCCCUACUCGGCUGAGCAGUCGCAGGGCCGUCUCGAGUCGCUCGUCAACUUCCAGACCGUUGCCAUCCAGCUCACUGGUCUCCCCAUUGCCAACGCCUCGCUCCUCGACGAGGCUACCGCUGCCGCUGAGGGCAUGGCUAUGUGCGCCGCCCAGGUUCCCAAGAACAAGUUCCAGAAGGGCAAGAACGUUUUCCUCGUCUCCCCCACCAUUGCUCCCCAGACCCUCGCCGUUCUCGAGACCCGUGCUCCCGGCUUCGGCAUUGAGCUCAAGAUCGCCGAGAGCAACGACGCCGUCGCCGCCGAGGUUGACAAGCUUGGCGACAAGCUCAUCGGAGCUCUCCUCCCCUACCCCGACGUCAACGGUGAGAUCACCAACUGGGAGGACGUCACCAAGAAGGUCAAGGGCCACGGCGCCAAGGUCGUUGUCGCCUCUGACCUCCUCGCCCUCACCAUGCUCAAGCCCCCUGGAGAGUGGGGUGCCGACAUUGUCUGCGGCAACACCCAGCGCUUCGGUGUUCCCCUCGGCUACGGUGGUCCCCACGCUGCCUUCUUCGCGUGCGCCGACGACCUGAAGCGCAAGAUCCCCGGCCGUAUCGUCGGUCUCUCCAAGGACGCCUCGGGCGCCCCCGCCUACCGUCUCGCGCUCCAGACCCGUGAGCAGCACAUUCGUCGUGAGAAGGCCACCUCCAACGUCUGUACCGCCCAGGCUCUCCUCGCCAACAUGGCCGCCAUGUACGCCGUCUACCACGGCCCCGAGGGUCUCCGCCGCAUUGCCGGCAAGGUCCACGGCCUCACCCGCGUUCUCGCCGAGGCGCUUACUCAGCUUGGCUUCACCAUCAAGAACAAGCAGUUCUUCGACACCCUCACCAUCGACACCAAGUCGGCCGGCGUCACCGCCGACCAGGUCCACAAGGCGUCCGUCGAGGCCGGCAUCAACUUCCGCCCCAUUGACGAGAACACGAUCGGUAUCACCCUCGACGAGUCUGUCGGUCCCCUCGACCUGACUGACAUUGUCAACGUCUUCUUCCGCGUCAAGGGCGAGAAGACUGUCGACCCCUCGUUCGUCGACGAGCUCUCGCGCAAGCUCGACCUUUCGGCUGAGGCUGCCCUCAAGACCCCCAUCAAGUCUGACCUCGCUCGCUCCACUCCCUUCCUGCAGCAGGCUGUCUUCAACUCGCACCACUCCGAGACCGACAUGCUCCGCUACAUGAUGUCGCUCCAGGAGAAGGACUACUCGCUCGUCCACGGCAUGAUCCCCCUCGGCUCGUGCACGAUGAAGCUCAACUCGACUACCUCGAUGGUUCCCCUCUCGUGGAAGGAGUUUGGCGGAAUCCACCCCUUCGCCCCCGUCGAGCAGGCUGAGGGCUACCAGACCAUGCUCAAGGAGAUUGAGCACGACCUUUCGCUCGUCACUGGCUACGACGCGACCUCGUUCCAGCCCAACUCGGGUGCCUCGGGCGAGUACGCCGGUCUCAAGGUCAUUGAGGCGUACCACAACUCGCGUGGCGAGGGCCACCGUGACGUCUGUCUCAUCCCCCUUUCGGCCCACGGCACCAACCCCGCCUCGGCUGCCAUGAUUGGCUACAAGGUCGUCCCCAUCAAGGCGCUCGACGACGGCUCGCUUGACCUCAAGGACCUCAAGGAGAAGGCCGACAAGCACAAGGACAACCUUGCCGCCUUUAUGGUCACCUACCCCUCGACCUUCGGUACCUUCGACGAGGGUAUUGAGGAGGCGUGCAAGAUUGUCCACGACAACGGCGGCCAGGUCUACGUCGACGGUGCCAACUGCAACUCGCUCGUUGGUCUUACCUCGCUCGGCCGUGUUGGCGGUGACGUCUCGCACACCAACCUGCACAAGACCUUCUCGAUCCCCCACGGUGGUGGUGGCCCCGGUGUCGGCCCCAUCUCGGUCAAGAAGCACCUCGCUCCCUUCCUCCCCGGCCACCCCAUCGUCCCCACUGGCGGUGACAAGGCUAUCUCUGCCGUCUCUGCUGCUCCCUGGGGCUCUGCUUCGAUCAACCUCAUCUCGUGGUCGUACAUCAAGAUGCUCGGCGGCGCCGGCCUCACCGAGGUCUCCAAGAUGGCCCUCCUGAACGCCAACUACAUUGCUGAGCGCCUCAAGCCCUACUACAACAUCCGCUUCACGAACAAGAACGGCCGUGUCGCGCACGAGUGUCUCCUCGACCUGCAGGAGUUUGAGUCCAAGGCCGGCCUCCGCGUGCCCGACUUCUCGAAGCGUCUGCAGGACUACUCGUUCCACCCCCCGACGGCUCAGUGGCCCAUCAACACGUGUUUCCUCAUCGAGCCCACCGAGUCGGAGCCCAAGCACGAGCUCGACCGUCUCGUCGACGCCCUCAUCUCGAUCCGCAAGGAGGUCGACGAGAUCGUCGACGGCAAGCAGCCCAAGGACGACAACGUCUUCAAGAACGCCCCCCACCCCCUCUCCGUCAUCACUGCCGAGGAGUGGACCCGCCCCUACACCCGUACCAAGGCCGCGUACCCCGUCGCCACCCUCAAGCGCUCCAAGUUCUGGCCCGCCGUCGGCCGUGUCGACGACGCUGCUGGUGAUCUCAACCUAAUCUGCGAGUGUGGCUCGGUCGAAAAUUUUGUGGAUGAGGAGUAA